UCACGUUCGUUACAAAGGUUGUCAAGCUUUCUCUUUGAAAUUUUAUCGUUGAUUCUAAUUGAAAUAAAGUUUACAUACUAUGGAUGUUCUAAAUGAAUAGUCGGAGAUUUACUCAUUGCUAUGGUCGAUAUUUCAUCAACAUCUGCAACUUUUGACAAUGUUUCUGAAAAAAUUUAGUCAAAAAAUAAUUGUGGUUUUUACAUCUAUAAACUGUACACGGGCACUACAAUUUUUAUUACCGACUGUUAAAAUUGUAAAAAAUAAAUGAAUAUGUGUGAAAAAAACGAAACUGAAACUUUUAGUCAAAAUGCUUAUAACGAAAAAAGCAAUACAAGUUAUCACUACCAGAGUCAUGACAUUUUAUAUAUCGGUAGUUCAAUAUGCUCUAAUUAUUCAAAUGUAAUAUACAUUCCUCCUAUCGAAGUUGAUAGAGUUGCAUUUGAUGUUGAUCUGAAAAACGGAAAAAAAGUAGUCGGCAUCUUUAAGUCAAACAACAAUCAUUGGAUUGCUUUUGCUAUCGAAAAAUACUCUGAUAGUAUUCGCUGCUAUUAUAAAGAUUCAUACAACUUGGAACAAGCAGAUUUUAAGAACAUUGUGUUGAAAGCGUUUCCGUUUUGUUUUACACAUCAAUUAGAUCUAGGAUGUGUCAAAGAACAACUGGAUAAUUCUUCUGAUGGCAUUUUUGCAUUAUAUAAUAUGGAGGUUUUGGCAAAAGGAGCAAGUCUUUAUGAUAAUACGACUUUUGAAUUUCUGAAUCCAAAAUAUGCAGAGCUCUAUCUUCUUAGAAAUGAAAUAUUUUCUUGGAAAUAUUUAGAAGGCUGUCUGAAAAAAGAAAUACAAGAAUUAUUUUCUGAAAUUAAUCAUAGUGAAACUGGGAUUAAAACACUUUGCAAUGCAAAUCAAGUUAAUGGCAGUUUAAAGUUAUCAUACUUAGAACACGUGUUAAAAAAAGUUACUAGCACAGCCAUUAAACCAUAUCAAGAUCAAAAAAAUGACUUUGUAAGUAUUAUUAAAAAAAUAAAGUUUAAUGUUAUCGUCAAAGAAAGACUUGUUUAUGUUGAUUUUUCCGAAAUAGAAGAUGAACAUAUAAAACACUUUUUUGCCAUUAGCCAACCUAAGUAUAUCGAAAACGAACAACUUAACUUUUCAGCUGAAAAGAAUUUUAAUGAGGAGGUAAACGAAAAUAAUUUUAGUCAAUUUUCUGUAAAAGAUUCUAAAAUGCAUUCCUCGUCUUCUAUAAUAAAUCAUAUUGAAAUAAAAGAAACAAAUGAUAUGAAAAUUAUUAUCUAUCCAACAGAAUCCAAUAAAAUUGAAAAAAACACUGAUAUAAAUACUUUAAAAAACACUUUAUGGAAAAAAAAUAACUAUGUUAAAUGGGAUGAAAACGCUUUAUCAUUAAUAGGAGAUUACGAAGAAGACACAGUGUAUCCAACAGAUUUAGUGCAUGGCCUUCUAGCUGAACAUUGUGGGUCUGAAACUGGUUUUAUUGCAGGACACUCUACCGUAAAGCCAGGAAAUAACGUAGCUAUCUCAGAUAAAAGGGCAGCUGAUUUUCCAAACUUGAAGAAUAUUAAUAAUUAUUUAGAAGCUUGGAAAGUACUGGGUCUGAUAGAUGACGAAAAAACUGGAUAUCUUGGUAUUUUGUAUGCUAAUGACAAAAGAAGACAAUUAGUGCUUGCACAUAGAUCUACCAACUUUAAGUUAAGUUUAAACACUUCCAAUUUAUACAAACAAUCAGGUUUGCACCAAGACAUUGCUGGUUUAUUUAUGGGAGAAAUAUUAUUACAUCAGGCCUUUGGAUACGUUGCAACUGAUGCCGCAGUACAACUUAUAAAAACUCAUUUAAAAUACUCUGAGUACGCGUUUUCUAUAACGGGUCAUUCUCUUGGCGCAUGGCUUGCUGAAAUGAGUGCUUUUUAUUGUAGUAGAGAUUUAGAAUACCCUAAUGUUAAAACUGUCUCUUUUGAUGGACCAGGUGCGCGUGAAAUGAUGGAGAAAAUUAGCGCAUGUGAAAUUAAGAAAUUUAAUGAGAAAGAGUUAAACAUUGUGUCAUAUUUUUCAGCACCCAAUUUAGUUAAUUGUUUAAAUAAGCAUUGUGGUACAAAGUAUACUUUAUAUCCAAAUAUCAAAAAUCAAAUUUCUACUUUCCUAACAAACAUUAUUAGUAGAGAAAAGAGUGAUGCUUUACUUUCAACUUAUGGACACGACCUAAAACACAUUCUUAAUUAUUUUGAUCCUAAAACUGGAACGCUUUAUCGGGACAAACCUGAAACAUACAGUAAAGUAGAAAGUUGGCCUUCUAUUACUCACAAAGGUUUCAACCAAAUAAAUGACCAAUCAUUAAAAGAUAUUGUAAAACGUUUUUUAAUAACCCUUGGCAUUGCAGGGCAGAUUCCUGAACUAGUAUUUAAGAUUUAUGAUGUAUUAAUAGGGUCCGCAAAUUGUAAACAAGGACAAACUACACUUGGUAGCAUUGUACAGCUAGCAUUAGACUUAUGUGACAAUAAAAUUAAACAUGAGCAAUUUUGGAUUGCUCAUAAGUAUCUUAACAAAGAAUGUAACUACAAAGAUUUAGUUUCUGAUUCAUUAGAUCGUUUUCAGCUACAUUAUGUUUCAGGAUAUCAAGUAUCUUUGGAAAAUAAAAGCGUUCUAAAAAAAAAUGAUAUUGAAAAAAUUAUUGGCAGAUAUUUAAUUCUUCUUCAAACAAAUAAUGUAUAUAUACAAUGUAUGCAAGGUGAGCUUGCUGAUAGAGUUCUAAGUCUUACAACUAAAUAUAAAUAUGUUGAAGCUUCCGAAGAAUUCCACAUAAUUGAUAAGUCCAUGACCAUCGAUCAAUUUAAAAAUGAAGUGCAAUUACUUAUACACCGACGUAAAUUGGAUUGGUUUUUGAAAGACGGUUAUAAAAAAGAGCGACUAAUUUCAAACAUAGAAAGUACUUUAGACAGUAACUUGUAUAUGAAUUCUUAUUUAGAAAACGUUAAAAACAUUUUGCACACAAAUUCUAUAGUAAUUAUAAAUGGAAUGCCUAGUUCUGGAAAAACAUUACUUGCCAAGAAGUAUGCUAUAUUAAAUAAGAAUAGGAUUACUUCAAUUUUUAUAGAUGCUUCAACUGAUGCUAAUUUUGAGGAAUCAAAGUUAGCAUCAAUUGAAGAGGCUAACUCUGGUUCCUCAAAGAAAACAUCUUCAGGUAAGAUUUUUAGUCUAUCAAAAAUAUGGAAUGAAGAAGAUAAAAUAUUUAAAGAUAAACAAUAUUCUCAUGCAACUCAAAACGAGACACUUAACAUGUUUCGUUUUGUUUUGGAACAAAACCUCCAAAAAGUACUAUUCAUUCUUGACAACGUUGAAAAUUGGAACAAUGUUUUAGAUAUAAAAAAAAUAUUUGAAGUUUUAGAAAAAAAUGGACGCAUUAAAUUUAUUAUUACUACUCGUCAUGACGUUUUACAAUGUACUGAAGAUAUAACCUAUGUUCGACUUAUUCCUGAAAACAUUUCUUUAAAUAAUUUAGAUAAUGAUGAAAAGCUGGUUAAAUUAAUAGCUCUACUAAACCCAAAAAUUAAUGUAAAGGAUUCCACAAACAUAACAAAAAAGAUUACAAUUUUAUGUAAAAAUUCUUACGCUUCAGUUCAAGAAAACGGCGAAUUAUCAUUGAAUUCUACGAUUCAAAAGACUGCAAGAGAAUCUAUAAAAUGCGCUUCUGCACUGGAAUUUUUGAAGUUUGCCUCUGAUAUUCAACCGGACCUUGUCGACAAGGAUUACAUUUCUGAAAAGUUUAAAAGUUAUAAAAUAAACGAAUUUUAUGACGAUAUCAAGAAAGAGUCAGAAAUCAAAGUUGUUCAACAUCCUCGUCAUUUGAGAACUUUAAUGAAAGAUAUUCUAACUUCUGAUGUACAAAACAAUGAAAGUGUUAACUUCUUUAUGAAUUAUUUACUUAAAAAAGAUUUUGAUUUGUUGCAAACAAAAAUCGAGGAAUUAAUUAAAGAUUUUCUUGAUGCCAAAAAUAAAAAUUUAUCAACAUAUUUUUCAACUGUCAGCAAUAAAAUCUCAGUUUUAAUUAAAAAAAUUUUAAUUAUUAAAAAAGAGUCAUUUAAUUUAUUUGAAAACAUUACGCACAAAAAUGUUAUUUUUUUUGGUCCGACUGGAAGUGGUAAAAGUACUAUAAUUAAUGGUUUAUUAGGAAACACUUUGAUUUGUCACAAAAAGACUUCCUUUAAUCGGAGUAUUAAUUUAGUCGUUCAAGGAAAAGAAAAAUAUCCUGAAAUAGGUAAUGAAAGUUAUAGAUCUCAAACAUUAGUAAUUAAACCUUGGAUUAAAGAAUCUACUUCUUAUUUCGACUGCCCUGGUUUAGGAGACAGUCGGGGUUUUAUAUAUGAAAUACAUAAUGCACUAAUGUUAAGAUCGUUGUCACGAGUUACGCAGAACUGCUGUGCAAUAGUAAUAAUUGUUUCUGCAUCAAUAUUAGGUGAAAAAGAUGACAAGUUUUCAACUUUUCUUGAUCACAUAGAUAGAUGCUUUGACGCAGAUUCUGUUAAAAACAAUUCUUUAUUAAUAAUUAAUAAAACAGAGGAGUUUGAUUUACAAAAUUGCUUGGAAGAAUUUUUAUCUCUUUUGUCUACAUUCCGCGAAAAUAAAAAUAGCAAAUCAAAGUUUUUGAAUUUAUUUUUAAAUCAAGAUUAUAAAAACAAAAUAAUAUUUGUGAAAAAAAUAAGUAACUCAGUAGGUGAAAAGAUAAUGCCAAACCAUUUUCAAACUGUUCAAGAUGCACUAAAGACCUUAGAGUUUAGCAAAUUUUCUAUAAAUACAAACAUCACUUCAAAGAUUUAUACUGAUGAUAUGACAAAGCUUGGUCUAGUAUUGAAUGAAUAUAUGUGCUACAGAAUGAAAGUCAUAGCACAGAAAAUUAAUAAGGUUUUGCUCAAAGAAAUUGAAACUUCGAAUAAAAAAGGUAUGGACAUAAAAACCUAUAUCGAGAAAAAAUUUAGAUUUGAAGAAUCUGAUGACAAAAAGAAUCUUAUACAACAAACAGAAUUGCUUUUACCAGGAUAUGGUGCAGAUAUUGAGAUGGCAUCAGAAUGUUUUAAAUUUUUAAACGAAUUUAAUAUUACUAUAAAAGCUAACAUAUCAGAGUGGGGAGCUGAACUACGAACACUGAGCGCAUAUUAUAAAACGUUUUCAAAUCCAAUUACAACACUGAUCUCAAAAGAUCAAUUAUUUGUAAAAGGUUUAUUUGUAAGUGUUUCAGAAAUUGAUGAUUUUCUGACAGACUUAGAAAUAAAUAACAUGCCUCACUCUAUAUGGGUAGAAUCUAAGGUAUUUUUAGUUGAUAAAAGCGUAGUAUGGAGAUAUAAAUCUCAAUAUUUAAUUGUAAAAACGGUCAUGAAUGGGGCCAACUUAUAUGUAAAAGCAACGAAGUGUAAAGUUUUAGAUUCUAAUCAAACUAUAGAUAUUUCUGGCGAAAAUGGUAUAAAUCCAGGAGAUAAUGGUGGUAAUGGUGGGAAAUUUUAUGGAGAGUUUGAUUCUUUAGUUGGUGGUACAAUCACUGUCGAUAUAAAAGGAGGAAAGGGUGCUGAUGGAGAAUUCGAUUUUAUUAAUAAACCCAAUUCUAUCGCAACAUCGGUUAAAAAGUUAAAGGAAAUAAAAGAAUACCUAAAUAGAAUAAACAAUAUUUGUAAAACAAAAAAAUGUUGUGAAAUACAAAAUGAUCUAGCCUCAUUUAAAGAAGAAGUUAAUUCAGCGUUAGAAAAGUUAAAUGAAUUGUCAAAAUAUUCGAAUACUUAUAAAGACAAAAGACUUGAAGUGGAUGAAAAAAAAAGUUUAGAAGAAAAUAUUAGUAAGAAAAAGGAAAAAAUUCUAGAAUAUAAAAGUGCUGUUAAUUUAAGCAUUUUAAAUAAAAUUAGGGAAAAUAAAUUAAAAACUUCCAAUGAAUUAGAAUCUUUGCAAAAAUCUUUAGAUAAAAUAAUAAAAGCUGAUAUUGAAAUAGAAAAAUAUGAAAACAAUAAAAAUUAUGUGGAAAAAACUCAAAAGAAGGUUAAAGAAUUAAAGGAAAAGUUUAAUAAUGCCUCAUGCGUCGAAGAAUGUUUCGAUCAAUUAAAUGUAAUAUCCGCUGCUUUAGAAGAUAUAGUAACAGAACUAAAUGGUUUAGAUAAUUCAGCAAGUACUGAAAAUAUAAAUGCUCAGAAAAAAGUUAUCGAGAAAGAAUUAAAGGAAUGUAAUGUUAUUAAUAAACAAAACUUGCAAGAAAAGAUAGAAGAAUUACAAAAUAACCUGAUACCUCUAAUAACAGAAUACCAGUCAGAAAAAAAAACAUUUUAUAUAAAUAAAGAAAAGAAAAAGUUAACAUCUGAAGAAUUUGAAAAAUAUAUUGACGAUAUAUCAACAAAGUUAAUUAUGCAAGAGAAUGAGCUAGAAGAAUUAAAGAAUCAGAUAAAAGCUUUUGAAAAACCAAUGCAAAAUUACAAAGAAAAAAGCAAACAGUAUGUUAAAUGUCAAGAACUAAUUAAAGAUACUAAAGCUAAAUAUAACAACAUGUUUGAAAAAUUUAAAAAAGGUGGUGUUAAUUUUGAAAAACUAAAGCAUUUCAGUGAUGAAAUAGAGGAACUCAAUGAUUCUGUGCAAAAAAAAGCUGAUGAACUUACAAAGAUAUUAGCCAAAAUUAAUUUCUAUGUUAUUGGUUCUAAAGAACGUAUGGAGAAAGAUUUACACGCAGUUAUAGGAGGAAAGUUAUUAUCUUCAUCAAAUAACUUUAAUUAUUAUGUAGAAAACUACGAAAAAAAAACACAAAAAAAACGUGACUUUUUAAGCAAUUUUAAUAAAAAAUACCUUACUGAUGAAAAUAAAAAACACGAAGAAAACUUACGGACACUAGUUAAAGAAAAUAUUUUCCUUAAUAUUGAAAUAAAAUUUAUGGAAGCAGAACUCGCAUUGAAUAAGUUUAAUAAUAAAGAAACACCAACUGAUUUUGAGGAAAACUUAAAAAAAUGCCGAAAAAACUUAGAAGAUAAUAGGAAACGAUGUUCAAAAUUUUUGAAAGAGAAUUGUAUUAAAGAUGAAUUCGACAAACCGUUAGCAACAGAAAAAGAUAUAGACAGUGCAAUAAUCUUACUGCACGAAAUCUAUCAGAAUAAAGCCUUGAUAAACGAUGACUUAUAUAAAACAAUACAUGAACAUGUUAACCAAGCAGAAUAUUAUACUCCUAAGUUAAAUGACGCAUUUAAAUCUUAUCAACAAGCGGCUAUUGGCUAUAAUGAUAAAAUAAUAGAAUAUAGAAAAUGGAAAAAAACACAAGCUAAGGAAAUUCAACCUUUACUUGAUAUUUUUGAUAAAAUAAUCAACCUACAUAAAAAUUUACAAGAAUGUUUGCAUGCUGAAGGUGAAGCAGCUAAAACUUUACUUUUACAAGAUGCUGCAUUAGUAUCUCGAGUCCGUAGAACAUGGGUUGAGAGAAGCACUAGUGAAAAAGUUUCCUAUUUACUUAAAGAGCUUUUAUUUUUUAACACACAGUUCAUAGAAAAGUACAAAUUGGAAGGAUUAGACGGAGGUGAUGGUGGAAAUAGUGGUAGCCUUUUCUUUAAUAAGAAUUUCAAAAAGUCUUGUCCAGGUGAUGGUGGAUCUAGUGUUACAUUAACUGGAAUAUAUAUUAAUGAGUACAGCUAUAAUAUACUCCAAAGAGUCCAGGAGAAGUUGCAAGUUGAACAUGCUAAUAAGAAAAUUACUGAUUAUAUUUCUCUUAUUCAGGCACCAUUGGUUGCUGCAUCAGUUAAAGCAAUGAAGGUAGUCUUAGCAAACUUUGGUUGGAGUUGUAUUAGUGGAAGUAUAACUAAUGGUUUAGUUCAAAACGCCUUAAAUUUAAUUUCGUACCCGCUUCUUGGUCCUUUUUUAGGUGCCGGCCUUUUUAUAACGCAGAUGGCAUUGAGCCCCAUAAUUGCUAGUACCAGUUGCGAAUGGAUAGAUGGACCGUUGAUUGUUAAAAAAAAAAGUAAAGAUGGAAUUACCGAAGAUUAUCCUUUUGACAUAAGCCAGUUACCCGCAGAAAGUCUAAAAUUUACAAACGAAAUGGAAUCGGCAGCUAAAUUUAUAUAUCAGGAAUAAAAUUAAACAUUUCGAUUUGGUUUGUUGACGCAAAAUAUAGUAAACCAACAUAGUAGUUAAACAUUUUUAAAUUAAUGACUGGUUUAAAGAUUCAUUUACUAAAUGCUAUUUCAAUUAAUUUUACAUUUUUUUCAGUAAUCAUUGUAAGCAAAAUUUUACUAUAUUUUUGAAUUUA